AUGUUUGAAGAAUUUUUACCAUAUUUCUAUGGUAUAUUGGAAGAUUGUAAGGAAAUAGAAAGGUAUUUAGAUGGCGAAGAAGAUGAAUACUCUCAAUGUAUUGGUAUUGGAAUUUGCUCAAAUUUUAACUUUGCUAAACAAUUAUUUAAUAAAUUUCAAUAUUAUCGAGAUUCUACAUUAUAUUCAUUUAUUUCAAAUGGUUAUUAUGAAGAACAAUUAGAAUUAUUUGAAAUU